UUCCCAAGAAACUUUUAAAAAGACUCCCAGCAACUGGAGCCUUUUGCAGACCACAACAAUCCAGCCCUUGGAGCUGCCUCUGACUCUCCCCUGCCUAUUCCUGCCCCCUUCCCACUCCCGUCGGCUCCCCAUGAGGGGCAAGAGCUGGCUGAGAAACUCUUCAGUCAUUAGCUGUCUCUGGAGAGGGUCUGAUGGCAGAAUUUUGAAAGAGCCACUGCGGAGAUCUCAGGUCUCUUGUCCCAAAGAGCAGGGAAGUCUGGAAGAAAACGCAGCAGCCCCCCUCCCCAGUUGACUAUGGAAGGGGCUGUUGUGUACGCCUAACUGGCUUUUCUCGCUCCUCGGGCUUGGAAGGAGUUAACUGACAAGAAAACUGUAUUUUAAACUUUUCCUCCCUCUUCUUUACCCAUGCUGAGUGGUAGGGACUAAGAGACAUUAAGGCGUUACAGGCUACCAAGAACUCUGCUAUCAGGUGGAAGGAUGGAGAAUAAAGCCAUGUACCUUCAUACCUUUGGCGAGAGGGAGAACGGAUCCGUCUUGGAAGAGCAAUUUGAUGGGAAGAACCUCUCAAAGCUGAACCUCUGCGAUGACGGUCCAGGCAAUAGGAAGAAGUCAUUGGGGCCCUGUGGCCACCUUGGGUCCUUGGCUGCUCUCAGAUACGCCGUGGCCGGACUCUACUUGCUGGUGUGCCUGAUCCUUGUGGGAGUUUUCAUUCUUGCAGUGUCCAGGCCUCAGAGGUCUCCUGAAGACCUGAAGGUGCUAACAGGGAACGUCAACCGGUUAAAUGAAAGCGUCUGGGACCUUCAGCUGAAGGUCAUACAGCAGCCGUCCAAAGGAGACUUCGUGGACCAUAUCUGGCGCCUGCAAGACGUCCUCCAGAACCACUCCGACAGCCUCCUGCUGAUGACUAGCUCCCUUCAGAAACUGGAAGGGGCUCUUGGGAGCUUGCAGGCCCAGGCGGCUCAGACAGACCGGGCUAUCUCUGGCUUGCAGGAGAACUUGAACCAGCAGAGCGACGUGGCGCAAAUGGAGAUAUACAAGCUCUCAGUAGAGGGGAACAACAGCCGUCUCUUGCUGAAGCACCAUGAGGGUUUGCUAAGGGAGCUGGCAUCCCACGUAGAGAACUUGAGUGACCAGCUGACCAUGGUGAGUGGGGACGUGGGCAACAUGAACCGGACCUUGUCCUAUGACGUGGGCAUCCAUCACACUCGCAUUCAGGACUUGCAAGUCCUGCUCAGCAAUGCCACUGAGGAUGCCCGGCAGAUGCGCCUCGUCCACAUCACCAUGGAACAGCAGCUGAAGCACGAGUUGGCCAUCCUGAACAACGUGACCGAAGACCUGCGGCUGAAGGACUGGGAGCACUCCAUUGCCUUGAGGGACAUCUCAGUCGUACAAGGGCCACCCGGACCAAAGGGGGAUCCAGGCAAUGAAGGGAUGGAAGGCGAGCCUGGCCCUCCUGGCUUACCCGGGCUACAAGGAUUUCCCGGGGAAAGAGGACCUAUGGGACCACAUGGGCCAAAAGGGGACCAAGGAGACAUUGGCCCACGAGGUAUGCCUGGGCCCCAUGGAAUCCCAGGUGACCGAGGAUCAAAGGGUGAGAAAGGGGACAAAGGAGAACGAGGCGGAGAACCAGGGCCUGACGAACUGCAUCCCAGAGUAUUGAAGGAACUUGCGGAUGUACUCUCGGAACCUCUUGCCAUCAUCUUUGAGAAAUCCUGGAGAACAGGAGAGGUGCCGGAGGAUUGGAGACUGGCAAACGUCAUCCCGCUCUUUAAAAAGGGUAAAAAAGAAGAUCCGGGGAAUUACAGGCCGGUCAGUCUGACUUCAAUACCAGGAAAGAUAUUAGAACGGAUAAUAAAAGAAUCCAUUGGCAACUAUCUAGAUGACAAUGCUGUGAUUAGAAGGAGCCAGCAUGGGUUUGUCAAGAAAAAAUCAACUAAUCUCAUCUCUUUUUUUGAUCAGGUCACUAGCUUAGUAGAUGGUGGAAAUGCUGUAGAUGUCAUAUAUCUAGAUUUCAGCAAAGCAUUUGACAAAGUCCCCCACGACCUUUUGAUUAGCAAACUGGUCAAAUGCGGACUACAUGGAAAUACUGUCAGGUGGAUUCACAACUGGUUGGAAAACCGUACUCAAAGAGUGGUCGUCGGUGGCUCUGCUUUGGACUGGAAGUAGGUCUCGAGUGGAGUGCCACAGGGUUCUGUCCUGGGGCCGAUACUCUUCAACAUUUUUAUCAAUGACUUAGAUGAUGGGGUGGAGGGAAGCCUUAUGAAGUUUGCGGAUGAUACGAAACUGGGAGGGAUAGCUAACACAAUGGAAGACAGGAAUAAAAUCCAAAGGGACCUGGAUAGACUAGAAAAUUGGGCUGAAAUUAAUAAAAUGAAAUUCAAUAAAGACAAAUGCAGGAUUCUGCAUUUAGGCCACAAAAACAAAAUGCACGGGUACAGGAUGGGAAAUACCCGGCUUAGCAGUCGUGCGUGUGAGAAGGACCUUGGAAUUGUAGUGGAUUGCAAGUUGAACAUGACCCAGCAGUGUGAUGCUGCGGCAAAAAAGGCAAACGCGGUUUUGGGCUGCAUAAACAGAGCUAUAGUUUCCAGGUCGAGGGAAGUAAUAGUCCCACUAUAUUCUGCAUUAGAGCUGUUAACGCUCACAUGA